AUCUUGUUGCCACUGUUCAUUUGCACUGGGCAGGGUUUGAAGUGGGAGGAUCAGACGAGGAGGUCCUCCGCUACUGAACACCCAAUGCCAGUCAUUCCUCGGACGCGUUCCAACUCGCUGAAGCAGAAGCUGGAAUGAAGCUCUUCCACCGCCCUAACUUACGAAGAUUGCGGACAGAUGUUUGUCACUAGUCAGGGUGGAGUUGCGUGUUUUACGUUGAAAUGUCCACAUCCUGUUCUUGGGGGAAUCAGACGACAGGCGCAGCAGCCAAUCAGCUUUGAGGAAGUCCGUCAUCAGCCAAUCGGAAGUUUAGAAUUCCGGGACUUGCGCCGCUGGUAUCGUUCGACAGUUUACUGUACCGCUCAACUCUUCUGAAGAAAAUCAGGGGAUAGCAGUUUCUAGAGUGGGUAUAAAGUGUAAAACUGCAAUUUCUGCGGGGUUUGGCCAACCUACCUGCCGACCCCCACCAUGCCUUUGGUGACUAGAAACAUAGAGCCACGGCAUGUGUGUCGCCAGACCAUCCCGUCCACCAUCCGCAGUGAGCUGGAAUGCGUCACCAACAUCAGCCUGGCCAAUAUCAUCCGACAGCUCGGCAGUCUCAGCAAAUUUGCAGAGGAUGUGUUUGGGGAGCUGUUUGUUGAGGCUGGAUCAUUCGCUCUCAGAGUGGACACACUCGUAAAAAGAGUGGAAUGUCUGCAGGUUAAAGUCACUCAAUUAGACCCUAAAGAAGAGGAAGUCUCCCUACAAGCCAUCACUACUCGUAAGGCUUUUCGCAGUGAUCGGAGUCAGGACCAGCAGUUGUUCAUCAGGCCGUCUCUGCCAGUGCCUAUACAGGACACCUACAUGAUCUGCAAUCCUCCUCCCCCACUCAACCAGCUCAGCCAGUACCGGGACGAUGGAAAGGAACCCCUAAAGUUUUACACCGACCCCUCCUACUUCUUUGACCUGUGGAAGGAGCAGAUGCUGCAGGACACCAAGGACAUCAUAAAGGAGAAGCGCAAGCACAGAAAGGAGAAGAAAGACCAUUUGAGCCCACGGACGCUGAAUCCUAGAAAAAUUAAGACCAGGAAGGAGGAAUGGGAGCGGCUCAAGAUGGGGGAGGAGUUUGUGGUCCCGAAGAAUGAGCUCAACUCCUCCGAAGGACUGAACGGCAGUAUUGGAUCAGGGGAGGGCUUCACUUCGGAUGUCCUUGAACACAGCACAAACUCCUAUGCUUAUGACCCCGGCUCCCCUCUCCCUCCACCUGGCCCCGAUGACUUCCUGCCUCCUCCGCCUCCCGACAUGGCACCACCACCUCCGCCGCCUCCACCACCCCCAGGGCCCCCGCCUCUUGACAGUCCUGCUCCACCUCGACCAGCGCCCGCUACUGGGGCAACGCCCAGCUCCGCCCCUAAACCUCAGCCGGCGCCAGUCAGUGACGGCCGCAGCGACCUGCUGCAGGCCAUCCGACAAGGUUUCAACCUGCGGAAGGUGGAAGCUCAGCGGGAGCAGGAGAAGAGGGAUCACACUGGAAACGAUGUGGCCGCCAUCUUGUCCCGCCGUAUCGCUGUGGAGUGCAGCGACAGCGAAGACGACUCCUCGGAGUUUGACGACGACGAGUGGUCCGAGUGAGACCUGGUCCUCUCACCUCAUCACGUCUUUCCCCGUCGUUGAACAACAACAUCAUUGUGCGUUUCCAUACAGAGUACUCUUCAGUUACAUGUUUGCGUUGUCGGUCUAACAUGUACGUGUAUUUUAAAUCACAUUCCUAGACUUAUUUACAAUUUUUCCACCUUAUUUAUGUGUAAAGGUCCAACGGUUAGAACUAAGACCUGGCAUGCUUGCUUGUGUCCCACUGUUUUCUCAGGAAAAUCAUGCCAUGAAUAUCACAUCCCUCCUCCUAUCUGCUUAAUCUCUGUUAGCAGCAGGUGUCUCUUGCUUUUGUCAAUUAUGGGAAUAUUUGUAUUUUUUUUUUUUCCCAGUGAUGAACAACUAACAGUUUCUCUCAGUCCUGCAUUCAUCUUAACAGUUUAACCCCAGUGAAGUAUUGAUUUUCAAACAGUAAAGAUGCAUUUAUGAAUGCCAUAAGUUCAAAGCCGUCUUCCAGGUUAAGAAAUCCUCCUUUUUUUUUUCUUCAUCUAAGUAUUCAACCCUUUAGUGGUGAUUAUGAGAUCAAAUCUUAUAGUUGUAACUCAAAAAAUGAAAUAAAGUUUUCCACCUGUGUUGCACAACAUCAGUGCCUUAUGAAACAUGCAGACAUGUUUCAAAAAUAAGAUUAAUUGCGUAAUAUAUUUUACCCUUUAUUAAAUAUAUUUGUCUUCACUGACGUAAACAACAGCCUUUUGUUUUAGGCAUUCCACGUCUCCUCUGAGCACAAAUAGGAUCAGCCUAACAUGCAGAAAAAUAUUGUCUGCCUCCAGUGAUCUCAGAUCUAAAGUGCCUUUUUUAUGUUUUUUGGUAUGAUUUGGUUACAGAGCAAUCAAGUGUUUUCCCAAAGUGUUCUGUUGGUUUUCUGCCUUCAACUUUUAAAUGAUUUAUUUCAAUAAAUAUAGAAUAAGGCUUAAAAA